CUUAUACUGUAUAUUAGUUUGCUCUGCGUGUUUUUGCGUUUUUAGCUGCAGUUAAGCAUUGAAAAGCAAGAUAAUUGACAAGUUUUUCAAAAAUUAGCUUUAAUUAUGUCUCAGUUUGCUUACGGUGCAUUGAGUCCAACCUACCAAAACUCCUCUACUGCUAUUGAAAACGAAAUCAGAGGUAUUUUGGGGAAGUAUGGACUCCUCAGAAACAACCAGAGGAAUGAAAGCCAGCCUAAUUUUGGAACAAGGCUGCCAUUUGGCGCUUUGCAGCCGAGUACCCUCGCGUUGCCCUUGAACUCCACUGAGCAUAGUCAUGAAGAUUUUCAUCUAAGCGCGUCAUUUAACUUUAACCCAAGAGGUCUAAGAAUGACGAGUUAUCCACAUGAAACUGAGAAAAGUCCAGGAUUCUCUGAAAGUGAAAACAUCAUGUCCCAAAUGGGCCGUCAACUGCCACUGCAAAUUCCAACGAGAUUCGAAAACUUAUCAUUUUGGCCUGAAACAAUCGACGAACGCGACGAAAAUGAUGAAAAUUUUGACGCACUCGAAGACUGUGAAUCUCAGAAAGAGUCCGAACCGCUGAGACCUCUACGCGUCGACGUAUCAAGCCAGAAAGAUCCCAACUUCGAGACGGUGAAUAAUAAGUCGCCUUCGGAUUCUUAUGAACACAAUUACGAGCACUUUUCGUCCAUUGAUAGAUCACUUAAGAGUCAGCCAAAAGAUGAAUUCAAAAAUGAUCCAGGUAAAGUUCAGAGUAACAAAACGGUUGAUGUUUAUUGUGGUUUGGUUGACGAAAUUGAUCAAAUGAUGCAAGAUUUCGAUCAGGGUAAAAACAUUCUAAGCUGGCCCAACGAAACAAAUUCAGGAUAUAACAAAAAACGACAUCUCGAGCAGUUUUUUGACCAACCGGAUUUUAAAAUUCCGUCCCAAAUCAAAAGAAACGCUCUUAAAUUGCCUCCGACACCUCGGAAGUCACAAAACACGGCCACUGAAAAAGACAAUGUCGAGUAUCAAAACUUACUAGUUCAAACCGAUUUAAAUAUACGAGAAAUCGCACGUCUGGAUAAUAAAAUAGCCGAGCUAGAAAAUAGGAACAGCAACCUUGAAGCGACGGUGGAGGACCUGGAAAAACUCGAGAGGAGGCUGAGAGAAGAAAACCAGAGGCUGGCAGAGGGGAGGGGGGAGGAGAAUGAAAGGGAAGUUGAAGCGAUCAGAAGUGACUUUGAGCUGAAAUUGGAAUCUAUGAAGUUGAACUGUGACAAGGAGCAUAAACAUCGCAUUUCGGAGCUGGAACACCUUGUGAACAAUCUAGGCGACGAGAACCUCUCCCUCCGGGAACAUCUUUCACGGUUGGCAGGGGAACUCGAAACCGUUCGGGAAAGUGUGAAAAAUGACAGAGCAGCCAGCGAACGACAAUUGGGAGAAGAGCGGGCUAAGAAAGAGGAGAGUGAGCGGGAGAGGGAGAGAUUGAGGGGAGAAGUCGAGAGGAUAGAGAAAGAACGGGAGGGGGAGAGGGUUGCGGCGGCUGAACGCGAGAAACAGAAGGAGGAGGAAGAGGAGAGGAAGAAAAAAGCAUCCAGGGUUCACUUCGAUGCCACGAAAGAAGAUGGAGAACAUACGGAGACAUUUGAGAACGAAGGCGAAGUGACUCGAGACAGCGAAGGGGUUGACGGCUGGUACUCCCAGAUUAAGGGGCCCCGAAAGUACAAGGGAUUACCAGAGAAAGAACAGAGGUCAAACACACAGUUUCAACCCCUUCCAAGUGCCAAAAACAAAAGCGGGAUAAAUCUAGCCUCCAAUCAGAAGCCAAAAGUUAACGAACUGAUGCCAAGCCUCGAACAAAAACAACGACUGCAAGAGGAACCCAGCAACAUUGCUGAUUUUGAUUCGGACUUUCACUUUCCGGGCGAUGAGUCGACAAAGACGCCAUGCGGCAGCAUCGACGACGAAUUGGGACAUUUGAAUGAGGGUAAGACGAAGGAAGAGCGGCUAAGGAAAAAACACGAGAAGCAGUUGGCGGAUCUGGAGGAAUAUUACGAGUCAGAAUUGCAGCAGCUGCAAAGUCAAAAAGACAGCCCUCAAAUGACACAACAAAUUCUGCGGGAGAAAGACGAGCAAAUAGCAAUGCUGACGAGAAAUCAAGAGCAAUUGAAUUUGGCCAAUGCCCGAGUGCAUCAGCUAAGCAUGGAGCUUGCAAAGUACCAAAGCGUCGCCUCACCACACACCCCCAUUCUCCAAACCCCUCCUCCCCCUGUCCAAAUGAUGGUGGGAGGAAACAGUGGUAUGGGCGGAGGAGUCCCGACAGAUCUGAUGAAGUAUUCACACCUGUCGUUGGCGGAACUGAAACAACUACACCAAGACAUACAAGUUAAACUGCAGACGCUGCGAAAUAAGCUGCAGCAUUUGCCCCCGGGAGGACAUCUUACCCCCCAAAACAAACGAGAGAGGCGGGAGUGGGCUGAAAAGGUUGAAGAGUUGGAACCAGAACUGAAAUUUAUCACGAAGCUACUCCGCAAAUUGGAGAAACAGCGAUAAAUUCUAUAAAGACAAGGUCACUAUUUACUGUGUAACUAUUUACAGAAUGCUCCGACCAUAGUUUUAGAAAAGAAAAUUGAAAGCGGUUUUGACUGUUCUU